UCUCCUCAUUUAUUGCUCAAACUAUUGUACCACUCAACAGUUUUCCAAGACAGCCUCCUUCUCACUGCUCUCUCUCCUGACCAAGAACUUCCAUCUUCUCUCUCUAAAGCUCUCAAUUUCGACCUCUUCUUGCUCCGAAACAUACAUUUUUCUUGAGUGACAUAUUGGAUCAUAAAGUUUGCAGCUUUUGCAACAGGGGUAGCUCAUGGGAUCUUAAUUUCAAGUGGGCUGUGUGCACGCUUAUCCUAUGGAUGCUGUGAGGCUCGCCCCCUAAAGCUCCAAGUGUGAACAUAGAUUUCUGCAGGGACAAACUUAUGUUUAGAGAGGAAGCAUGUGAUAUUGCUUGUUCUUGCUUUCAAGUUUCACUUUAGGAACAUCAAGUUUUAUGUGAUAUCCACUUGCCGGGUAUGGGGAUUGAGAAACAAGGCUCCAAAGGUGGAAAUUAUGUUGGUGGCUUCCUCCAGAUGUUUGAUUGGAAUGCUAAAUCUCGAAAGAAGUUGUUCUCAAGCAAGUCAGAUAUACCAGAGCAAUCCAAACAGAAGAAAAGAUGCGAUGGAAAUUUGCCAACGACCAGGCUACAAAUGCUGGAUGAGGAUGAAAGUGCAGCUGGAUCAAGUGUUAAAGGAAGUAGUGAUUUCAGUUGUGCUUCGUCAGUCAUUGAUGAGGACUUCUGUGGGACGAAGGCCCCUAGUGUUGUUGCAAGACUUAUGGGAUUGGAUUCCUUGCCGAAAUCUAAUAUGCGUGAGGCCUAUUCUACUCCACUUUUUGAUUCUCAAUCUCUUCGUGACUCUUAUUACCGAAGUAAAGGUCUUGAAUAUUAUCAAGAUCAAAUCAUGCACUCCAGCAGUCUGCAAGAUGUAUCCAUUCGAAUUGAUACAGAGCCAAAAUAUCCGAAUGUCAAACACAGGCCAAUUGAGAAGUUUCAAACUGAAAUUUUGCCACCUAAAUCAGCUAAGUCGAUUCCAAUUACCCACCACAAACUUCUAUCUCCCAUAAAAAGUGGUAGUUUUAUCCCAUCUAAGGAUGCUGCUCACAUAAUGGAAGCAGCUGCAAGAAUCAUUGAGCCAGGACCUCAGGCAAGUACAAAAGCAAAGCUGCCUCCAGUUGGAUCUUCAGUUCCACUAAGGGUAAGAGAUUUGAAAGAGAAGGUCCAAGCAUCUGGAAAACAAUCAAAGCUUUUUGAAGGGUCUCAAAGAAAAACUGAAUCUAGAGCGAUCAAGAACCUUAGUGGACAUUCAAUGAACAGAAGCUGGAACAGAUCAGCGGAUGCAGCAUCAGUAAGGGUUCUUCAAGAUUCGGAAGAAUCUUCUGUCAGUGUGAAGAGUAAAGGAAAAUCCAUUUCACUUGCAUUACAGGCAAAGGCCAAUGUUCAGAAAAGAGAAGGCCUGAAUGUGAAUGGCAGUAGAAGCUUGGUCAGCCAGAAAGAACCAACCGAGCUCAGCCCUGGUCAGCUGUUUAAAAGUCAAUCAACAACACAGAAGAGUGUGCUCAAGAAACAAUCUUCACAAAAUGGUUCAAGUGUGCUCCGCCAGAACAAUCAGAAGCAGAAUUGCAUUGUUGAUAGAGGAAAACUUCCUCUGAAAUGCAGCUCAAAAGGUGCUAAAACUCUCAAUGGAGAACCUUCUUCUGCAAGGCAACGGAGUUCUAGUAAACUUGCCGGGACCUCUAAAGUUAGUUCCAGGAAGUUGGGCUCAGAGGUUAAAGAUGAAAAAAGGGAAGCACUAUCUUCUAGCUCAGAAAGACUUACUCGUAAGAAACGGUCUAUAGAUGGGAAUUACCACUCAGAGAAAAGCCAAGCGGCUCAUAACAUGGGGGUUGAUAAAAAUGGGAAAGCCGUCCAAUCUAGUGCUAUUAUGGAUAGGCAGAGCAGUUGGGAUCAAGAUAGUGGAAGGACGGGCACAGAUGUUAUUUCUUUUACAUUCACUGCUCCAAUGACACGAUCAGGAUCGGGUUCUGGGAGAUCUACAGAGCCGGGGGAGAACUAUAAUGUCUUCUCAUCAGGCUCUCAAAGUAAAAGAGCCCUCCUGAGUUUAGAUGGGUCAAGUGCUUCAAAAUUUUCUAUGGGACAUAAUAUCAGGGGAGGUGAUGCAUUGAGCACUCUUUUGGAGCAAAAACUAAAAGAAUUGGCUCAUAAGGUAGAGUUUUCUCAGCAGAAGUUGGGGAUGAUUUCACAUGAUUCAGUACCUGGUCAGAUGGCCAUAAUGAGUUCAACCGCACAAGAAGCAAAUAAAACCCAAGCUGGAAUGCAGACAGAUAAUCAGGUGGUGCUGGAAGACAUGAGCACGAGUGACAGCAACAUAUCUCAAGCCAGAAAGUUACUUGAUUGUCGACUUCCAAGUCCAGUUUCAGUUCUAGAGCAUUCUUCUUUUGCAGACAGUUGGAAUUCUUCAGACUCUGCAGACAGUAAUAGCAUGGGAGUUGUAGGUGGCAAGCAAUGUUCAUCAGUGCAAGCUCAGGAAGUGCUCGAUACGUAUUCCUUGAAGAUGUUUCUUCCAAUUGAAGCAGAUGCUGAGUUAUCAGACUCGGCUUCUUCAACUUCUAUUGGGACUGUGGCAAAACGGCAAGAAACUGCCUUAACCUUGACUGCAAAUGGGAAGCUUGGAAGGUGGGAGCUACAGUAUGUCAAUGAGAUACUAUGCAGUAUAGAACUGAUGUUUAAGGAUUAUGCUUUGGGCCAUGCACGUGAGAUCAUAAAUCCUCGUCUUUUUGAUCAAUUGGGAAGUUGGAACCGGCAUUUGAAUGAUGGCAGAGUCAUUUCAAGAACAAACCAAAGGGUUCUGUUCGAUUGCGUCAGUGAGUGCUUGGAACUGAGGUGCAGAAAGUAUGUCAGUGGAGGAUGCACAUUAUGGGCUAAGGGUCUAUCAAUGGUUAGAAGAAAGGAGAGAUUAGCUGAAGAAGUCUACAAAGAAAUUUCGGGUUGGAGUGGCAUUGGAGAUGCUAUGAUAGAUGAACUAGUAGAUAAGGACAUGAGCAACCAAUAUGGAAGAUGGCUUGACUUUGAUACCGAAGCAUUUGAACUUGGGAUACAGAUCGAGUCCCGCAUUCUUAAUUCUUUGAUAGAUGAAGUGGUAGCUGAUAUGUUAGUGCUUUAACAGCUUAAACUGAAACCAUACUUCACCUCCAUUGUAAGUUAUUCACCUCCAAGACAGUUUCCAAAGCUUUUUCCCAAUUUUUGGCUUCUCUCUCCCCUUUACUUUACUGCAAAAUCUUCAAUAUAGUGCCAAUAUUGCGUCUA